CAGCAGCCGCUGCAGCAGCAGCAGCAGCCGCAGAAACGGCCGCAAGAGGAGCUGCUGCGACUCCAGCAGCAGCUGCUGCAGCAGCAGACGGGGCACACAGAGGCAGCAGCAGCAGCCGCGCAAGCAGCAAAGCGCGAGAGCCUUCCUACCCUUACAUUGCAGCUGUCUCAAUGCAAAUGAAUUUAAAUAAUUCCAAUAAGACAGAAGCAAGGGGGCCCCCGGGGCCCCAGGGGCCCCUGGGGCCUUUGGGGCCGUCGGGGGCCCCUGGGCUACGCCGAGCUGCUGCUGGGGGGCCCCCUGGGGGGCCCCCGCUGGGGCCCCCUUCAGGGUAUCCGGGGGUCCCCAGGGGGCCCCCCGGGGGCCCCUUUUCAGUACCCAGUGGCCGGAGGGGCCCCCGCCGAAAGACAGCAGCAAGUCCUCAAAAUGACCUGCUGUUUUCGAAGCUAGUGGCGCGGCGAGCUGAGCAGCAGCAGCAGCAGCAGCAGCAAGAGCAGCAGCUGCAGCAGCAGCACCACCUGCUGAAGCUGCAGCGGCAGCAGAAGAGGCGGCUGCAGCAAGAGUCACAGAAGCAACAGCAGCAGCAGCAGCAGCAGCAGCAGCAGAUUGAGGCCCCAGCUGUUGAUACCCGACAACAGCUCUAA